UCUAUGAUUCUUGUAGACUUUGUUUUUAAAAUUUAAUUUUUCACAAAUAAAGUUGAAAUAAAUGCCUUAAAACGCGUUAAUAAUGUCUCAACCAAAUUUGCUUGAUAUUGUGCCGGAAGAGUUAUUCCAAACACAUUCUAUUACGGAAAUAGACCACGUACAGAAGAAGUUGCAGUAUGAAAUCGAGCGUAAGAGAGAAGAGUUAAGGGCGAUGGUGGGAGAAAGAUAUCGAGAUUUAAUUCAAGCUGCGGACACCAUAGAAGAAAUGAAGUUGACAACAAGCAGUACUUUAGAUCAUAUAAAUCAGAUGAUGGUAUCAUGCAAGAGUCUGCAUGAUACACAUUUAGUUGGCUUUAAAGUACAAGAACAACCUCAAAAACCAAGUUUUAAAUUAAAUUCAAACCCCGCACAAGUUAUAGCCAUCCAAGUGAAAUUAUUAAUGGAAAUACCUGAAAAGAUUUGGAAGUGCAUAGAGAAAAAUGAUUUUGUGAAGGCAUCACAACUGUUUAUUAUGGCGCGACAUAUCAACACGGGAUUACAGCUACACAUUGGUGGUAGAAACGUCAAGCCCAGUAUGCAAUCAUUGCAGAGAAUUGUUCAGCAACAUUGGAUAUCAAUCUCUAACUUCAGUCAGACAAUUAUCAAUGAGUGCAGAAAGAAAUUGCAAGAUGUUGAGAUUAGUGUUCGGGUGGCAAGUUCUUGUCUAGUAAGCCUUUACCUCCUAGACUCUCAAACUAUGGUGGAACUUCUCAACUCACUUAUUGGCUUACACAGUGAUAGCAGUUUGCGAUCUACCCUACAGUUUGAUCUGACACAUAUUUUAGAAGGAGAUGUCAAAGCACAGAUAAAAAAGAAAAUUAUAAAUGGAGUGAAAAUUGUGUUGAAGACUGUUGUUUUAGUGUAUGCUUGUUUUGUUGAUAAUGAUGGCGGGGCAGUAUUGGAUAUGUUAAAAGAUUUGUAUAAAAAGGAUUCCAAACCUCUACUAGAUUUGAUAGAGUUCAGUGACACAGCAUCUUUAAAAUUAUUACCAUCUGUUAUAUCAAAUUACAAGUUAUCAACACAGAAAGAAGUGUGCGCUGUAGCUAAACAGGAUAUAUCAAAAUCAGUACAACAAUGGAGUGUGUGGGUGAAGACUUAUAUAGAGAGUAAUGUACAGGCAUUACUGGAAAAUGUUACUAGAAUAAAAAUCCUGCAUGAGAUACGGGAAGAGUCAUUUAAAAUAGAAACACCAUCAAAUUGGAGUGCAAUUUGCACGGCUCUAGAUAUACCGGAAGUUCAUGUUUGGUGCCAUUACUUCCAGCCUUUAUUGACCUCUCGUGUCAAACUUAUCAUAGACAACAGAUGGAUCAAAGUAUACGAUGGUUUUAAAACUCAAAUGUUAGUUGAUUUAACUAAGGUCUCUUCAGAGAGUGAGUUGGAAAAGGAAUUUGAUAUAAAUUGGUUUGUUUGGAAGGAUCUUAUUGGUGAAACUAUAAUAGAGUCAAGGAACGACGUCAUUAGAGUUAUGAAUUCACUUAUGAAAGGUAUGUCUAGACAAGAUCGUGGUUUCACUCCGAACAUAGAGAAACUCUGUCAAGGUUUAGACGAAGAAUUGCAGAAGCUUCUAGAAGAUUUAAAAGUGUAUUUAUACCCGGAGAAGAGAAGUAGAAAUAACAAGUUAUUGUUCUAUGAAGAAGAAGACGAUAGACAGCAGAUAUACAGCGAUAGAGAGGACAUUCAAAAUUAUUUGAGAAAUGUCUCCGAUAGAAAUGUACAAAGUAUGUUACAAUAUAUAAAGGCAUGUUUCGAAGAGCCGACUUUACAAUCAACAGAACUACAGCGUAAGACCACAGCAGUUUACACAGCUCGAUUUAUACAAGCGAUAGUAUACCUUAUACCUAAUCUACGUAAGUGCUAUAUUCCCGAAGAGCAGUGUAUUGACGAUAUGAAUGUCGAUGAAAACUCAAUAAAGAGUUGGAAUGAUAUUUGUGGAGUAUUAAAAGAGAAUUGCCAAUACUGUUGGGACAAAUGGUUGGACAUUGUUAUGGAGAAGGUGAUAGAUUUGAUCAAAUAUUUGCCCCAACAAUUCACUUUGGAGGCAAAUGUGGAUUAUUUGAUGAUGCAAUGGGAUGUAAUACAGAUCCAAGAAAAGGAUGAUGAAGGGAAUUCCAUAGAGUCGACUAUAAAAGUCCCAGCGGGACCUUCACUCAAAUUACAAGAGUAUUUGUACUCAGUCAGUCGUAUAUUGGACGAAGUUGUCCCACACACGUUACCGCACGAAGUACACACAACAUUCGUUGAGAAAGUUACAUCUGUCCUUCUCACACAUUACAAUACGGUCAUAAGAGAGAAAGAGAGCGAUAUAAAUCAACGAUGCGCGCUUCAAUUGUUGAUGGAUGUGAGACAUUUGACGAUGCUUAUGGUCCCAAGGGAGAACAAGAAAUGUAUGGAGUCUUCGCAGGAUAUUUGCGAGUUUUUAAGACAGAAGAUAGAUCCAUUUGACUAUGAUGUUUUUUAUCCAUACAUUCAGACUAACUUGAAGCGAUCGGUGCAAAGAGUACAGACAUUACUUGGCAGUCUGGUGCUGCAUCACGGGCAGCUGAGCGGCAUCUUGGGCAGCCGGCCUGUCGUGUCUGGGGGCUCGGGAGACAAAGCUGCACAGCUGCUGGCCUCAGCAGACGCGCACUGGUUCACUCUCCUCCCAGUAGCAACGCCUACGCCGCACAAGAAGCAGGAUAAAGUGGUUAAAAAGAAAGCCGUGCCAGCAGCGAGUCCUAACAAGAACAAAGCAGAUAUAUCAGACCUGAUGACAAGUUCUUUGCCCAUCAACUUUGCGAAUGCUAGAUCUGGUGCAGCGUCAUUCUUUACUUCUAUGACUUCUGAUUGGUUCAGUGGUUCUUAACUUACUUUAAUAUAUACAGUCAAAAUCUGUUAUAACGAC